UCUAUACUCCAACUCACUUUUCAACCGUUCACCAUUACUACCCAUCAUUGCAUAUUAAAUCGAACGGUCUAUAAUAAGCCACGUCAUUUAAAUAUCAUAUUCCUUGCAACAUUAUAUCACCGAAUUCAUCGAAAGCACGCGAUUAAUUCGUGCUUAACCUUUUUCCUAAAAUUCAAUAACCCAAGAUCGAAAUUCCCCGACAGAGUUUUCAGAAAAAAAUUGGGGGGGUGUUAGUUUUCCGUGAACUUGGUGGUUGUUUUUCGUUUUUGUUUUUUUCUCUUUUCUCUCUGAUUUUCUUUCUUGUUUUCUUUUCCUCCAAACGGCUCUGCCACUUCCUUAAUUCUUCUUGAGGAAAUGGAGAUGGAGAUGGAUAUGAAGGCUUCUUGCUCUUAUACUCGUCUCUUCGUGGCUCGUACCGUGAUUCUUCAGGAUGGACGAACUCCGCGGUUUCCGAAGAAUCCUAUACUGAGUACGCAACGAAUAUGUAAAUUUAGGGCUUCUUAAGCUCAUUUCUAGCAUUUUUUUUUUUUUUCUUUUUGGUUUUAUCAUUUUACUCUGUUUUUGACCUGACAAAGAUUCCCCCUGGAAUUCACUAUAAGGAACAAGUAGGGUUUUACAGUUGGAUUUGGUACGAUUAGGUUACACAUGUGGGUGAUUUUCAGGAGUUCUGUUAUAAUCGUUAUGCAUGGAGAUAAUGAUUUGAGUUUGUAGGGUUUCUAGGAGAAUUUCCAAAGUUUGUUGUAAAAUUUGACCUUUUUUUUUUCCGAAGUAGUAGUGGUUUUCAUGGUUCUUGAAAGCUUUGUGGCUUAUGAUAUGUACAUGGAUUGAUUGGGAAUUUGAAAUUGGAAUUGAAUCUGAAUCUGAAAUUCUUUUGGUGUGAAAAUUUUAAUGGCUGGAAAGGGGGAGUUAGGAUUUCCAAGAAGUAGUGCCUUAGCGUUUCCGAAAACUAGUAGUGCCUUAGCGUUUCCGAAAACUAGUGCUUGCAGUCUCAAAGAGCAAGCAGCAAGAAUAAUUCUCAGAAAUGUGAGGUCACAGGGGCACACCUACGUUGAGCUUCGAGAAGAGGGGAAAAAGUUCAUUUUCUUCUGUACCUUGUGUCUGGCACCAUGUUACAGUGAUUCAGUGUUGUUUGAUCACUUGAAAGGUAAUCUUCAUAAUGGUAGGUUAUCUACUGCCAAGGUUACUCUCUUGGGACCAAAUCCAUGGCCUUUCAAUGAUGGUGUCCUUUUCUUUAGUAAUUCAACAGAGGAUGAAAAACAGAUAGUGGCUUCAAGUGCUGAGCAAAAUAAGUUGUUGGACUCAGAUGACAAUUACAACAAUCUUGCUAUUGUUAAAUAUGAUGAAAAUCCAAAGUCUAAUGGCAAUGGUCAUCUUGAGGUUGAUGAGUAUGGGCAUAGCGGGGAUUUAGAUUCUGCAGGGUUCCAUUCAGAUGACAAAUUUUGUUCCCCUGCGGAGAAUAUGACUGAAAAUGGAGAAGAUUUUGUAUUAUUGAUUCCUGGUGUUCGGGUUAGGGAUGAAAUUGCUACAGUAGAAGCAAGGGAAGUGGGGUAUGGACAGGUUGCUGCAAGAUUCUCCGAGAAGGAUGAUGUGGUGAAUGGUAUAAUUAGAAUAUGGUGUGAGUGGUUAGGGAAGAUAGCUUUUGACGAUGAGGAUAUCUUCAAGGUUGCAGAGCAUGAUUUUGCAGUUGUGACCUUUAAUUAUGAUGUCAAUUUAGGUAGAAAAGGCUUUCUUGAUGAUGUGAGGUCAUUACUCUCUUAUAGUCCUGCAGCAGAACUAGAGAGUGGUGAAGGCACUACUAGGAAAAAAAAGAAAUCAUUUUCUGAUCCUGAGGAUGCAAGUGGCUGUCUGAGUAAUCAAUAUGAUUCUUGUGGGGAAGAUUCUUCAGCAUCAACUGGUGCCACAUCAAGACUGACAUUUGACCAAUAUGAUGAUCAGCUUCUUCAUACACGAUUUAUAUCAAACAAGGCUAUAAGGCGAGAGUUGAGACGGAAACAGCGUAUAGCUGCAGAAAGAAUGUGUGAUAUCUGUCAACACAAAAUGCUUCCUGGGAAAGAUGUAGCUACAUUAUUGAAUUUGAAGACUGGUAGACUUGCAUGCAGCAGUCGAAAUGUGAAUGGGGCUUUUCAUGUAUUUCACACUUCCUGCCUUAUACACUGGAUACUUCUAUGUGAGGUUGAAAUACUCACAAAUCAGCCAGAAGCUCCUACAGUGAAACGGCGAUCUCGGAGAAAAACUGUAGCUAAGGGGAAUGAAGUGCAAAAAGAUAGUGAGAUGCAAGGAUUGAGGACACCAAUUUAUUCUGUGAUAUGUCCAGAGUGCCAGGGCACUGGUAUGAUUGUUGAAGGAGAUGAGCUGGAGAAACCAACUGUUCCUCUUUCUAAGAUGUUCAAGUAUAAAAUUAAAGUGAGUGAUGCACGUAGAGCUUGGAUGAAGAAUCCUGAAGUUUUGCAAAAUUGCUCGACAGGGUUCCAUUUUCCAUCGCAAUCCAAGGAAGCAAUUCAGGAAAAAGUGAAACCGCUGAAGUUGCUACAUUUCUACGGAGCUCAUGUAUAGAAUCGACUUUGAGGAUGCUCAUCAGGAUGGAAUGGAUCUGGAUUUCAAUCUGGCAUUGUAAAUUUUACUCUUCAACAAGUAACGUUGUUUUACAUGUGGCAUCAUGCUCAUAAAAUGAUAAAGAGUAAAUCUUAGAAGAAAUGGAGCAAUAAGCCAGUUAGCUUUUGUGGGUAAAUGAUGAUUAUCUCCUCGAUGACACAUUGUAUAUAACCUGUUACUAACACAGGUGUAUAGAAUCCUGUUCUUAUGUCUAAUGUACAUUGCUGACAUACCUUAGCAAUAUGAAUGAAUUUGUGAAUUGGUGGCU